GUCUGACUUUUUAAAUCCAGAGUUAGCAAGACUCAUUAAAAAGAACUAUGCAUUUGAAGCUACACAGGAUUAAAACUAUGCAAACUGUAUGGUUGUGGAAAAUGAAGACAAAAAUAACAACCCCCCACCACCUCCCUCUCUCACCUUACUUUAUAACGUACAGAGAGGCCUGCCCUGACCUCCCGUAGUAUUUCCAGUUGUAUUACACAUUUAUUUGUCAGUAACUCAGUCUUUGGUCUACUUCCUUCAAAACGCUUCAUACUUCCCACAGUUAUUUUAUUUGCUUUUUAGUUUUUUCCUAUUUCUUUUUUCACCAAGUUCAGUGAGGAUUGGUACUAUACCUGUUUGGCUCACCUUGAUUUUCAAUGCCUAAUCCCAUCCUGGCACCAAAGAAGUGUUCCUAUAUUUGUUGAAUGUUCACCAAAGUCUGGUAGGAUGCAUGGAAAAAAGAAAACAAAAAGAUUUGUUGAAGUGGGAAAGAGGGUGUGUUUGUUUAAAUUUUUUUUUCGUAAGAUUGUGCAAUACAUUCAAAGCAGUAGGAAAAAGCUAACUAUUUAAAAGUUAGCAUAUUACUGUGGCAGUACAUUAUGUGUAGGCACUCUUCUAAUUGCUGGGGAUUCACAGAUCAAUGGCAGGACUGCCCUCAAAUAUUUGGGAUGCUCAGGGAAACAACUAUAAAAGCUAAACAGCAAAAAAAAAAAAAAAAAAAAAGAAAGAAAGAAAAAAAGAAAAAAAGAAAAACCCCACAAGGAAGCAUAUAAGAGCAAAUGAGUGUAAUGCACAUGAUGUUCUUACAGGAAGAGAGUUCACUUUUGAUGGAAGAAAUCUUCAUGGUAGAGGUGACCUGCCCACCCAGCACUGAAUGGAAUAAAUCCUGGUGAGCAGAGAAGUGGACAGUAAAGCAUCAAGCUUAGGAAGAUUGGAAUGCAAUAGUUGAGGCUCUCAAGUACCAAACAGAGCAGAUGAGUCCUUUUUUUUCUUCUAGACGUUUUUGCAAAUCACAAUUUUUAGAUAAUAUCAAGACAGUGGGAAAAAAAGACCAGUGAUUAUGAACACCAAAGAUUUUGUAGUUCUUCCAUGGGGGAAACCUGGAAAUUCUGUAAAACUAAAAUACAAAAAUGCUCAGGAGCUGAGGAUGGAGAAGAUACAGUUAGAGUUGGAGAACCAACAAAUGGAAAAGAAACUACAGGAAUUCCAAUCAAUUCAGAGCAGAGAAAAGGAAGAAAGAAAGUCAAGUGGCUAUCACUGGAAAUCUGGACAAGUGGGAAAAUUGGGUAAUCUAUCACAUAUAAUGUCACAAAAUAAAGGAAAUAUUAUUAAGCUUUCUUCUGGAAAAGUGAAAUUAAAAUUACUAAAGGAGCAACUUCAAGAGCCAGUGAAACAACCACUUAAUCAUAAAAUGGCCAAUUCUCCUGAAAGUGAAAGAUCCAAGAUAAAAGGCAAGGCUUGUGGACAGUGUGAGCACAGAGCUGCUGUGCUGGUAUGCCUUGAAUGUGGCGAAGAUUAUUGUUCAGGUUGCUUUGCUAAAAUUCACCAGAAGGGGGCACUGAAGCUCCACAGAACAACUCUUUUGCAGGCAAAAUCUCAAAUAUUACCCAAUGUAUUAGACAUUGCCCAUCAGUUUAUCAAGGAUAUUAAUCCAGAUGAACACAAAGGGGAAACUCAUUCUACAAAAGAGAUGAAUAAAAGUCAGCAUAAACCCAAGUCUCUUCUGCAGGGGAGCAAUUCUGAGGUAGAAGUUCCAACCACGAAAAGAGCAGAAUGUUCAAAUCCAAAAGAUGGGCUUCUGUGUGAAGGGUCAUUUGAUGAAGAAGCUUCUGCCCAGUCCUUUCAGGAAGCUUUAAAUCAAUGGAGAACCGGACACAAUGAUGCCAGCGAGAAACAGAACCCACACGCGGCAAAAGCAGUGUGGUGUGUCAUGGACUCCAUGUGGCUUCUAACUCCACAGGAUCAACUUCAAAACAUGCUGCCAGAGACAUUCAUACCUCAGUGUAAAGCUGCUAGUGAAGCACAGUGUUCCAAGAAUGAAAGUGAUGAAGACAGUGAUGUUGGGGAGACCAAACAACAUCCACUGCUUUUUCUGCCAGUACAAGAAUUAAACAGAGAGAGACCCGAACCAUCUCUAAAAAUAGUUGAACUGGAUGAUACUUAUGAAGAGGAAUUUGAAGGACCAGGAGACAUAGUGCCCUACAAAGUUGACUUAGCAGAUGUAGACAGUCAACAAAGUUUCACAUUUUAUGAUUAUCAGAAUACUAUUCUGUAUGAAAAUGACACUCAUCAACAUCAUGUUUUCACCAAGAGAAAUGCAGACCUCUUACAUCUUCAUCUGAACAACAGUUCUUCUUACUGUAAAAACCCAAAAGCAGGAUCUUCAGAUACAAAAUUUGACACCAUGGUGGAUCCUGAUAUUUAUUCUCCUGCCAUUGAAAAAUUAGGGGAAAGCAGCUUUUUUGAAAGAAAUUUCAAGGAGAAAACUAUAGAUACGGAAAGUAAUCAAAAGUCUGAUGAUUCCUGCAUGCCACUUGAGAGCAAGGAUUCUUUGCCAAGUCUAGGUUUAGAAAAACCUUCCAUUAAGGAGCAAUUAUCUCAGGACAUCAAAGAAUCCUUGGAAUUUCGCAAUCUGCAGGAGAGGCCAAACCCUGAAGAUUCUACAACUACAGAGUCACCACUGUUGUUACGAGAAAUAGCCCUCAGAAGUAAGCCUAUAACUGAACAAUACCAAGGACUUGAAAGAUUCUUUGUUUUUGAUAAAAAUGAAAGACUCAACUUACUUACUUCUCAUAGUUUAGAAUGCAACUAUUCCAGUACUAGGAUUACAAUUGCAGGAGACAGAGAGUGGAUGCCAGGCCACAGCGUGAGUGCGUCUGCUGAUCACGCAGUUGUCUUGGACGUUGUGCAGAGAGCCCGGAGCCCAUCCACAAGCAGAACACAGCAGAUGAGGGGCCAUAUAUCACAGAGAUCUUCAACAGCAAAUUUACCCUUUUCCAACUCUGUUAAAAAAAGCUCCAGUUGCCUUUUCUCUUCCCAUCCUCGAUCAAGAAGUGCAGCUGUUCGAUCAUUAUCUAGAGCUGCUUCUGAAAUUUCAGAAACUGAAUAUAUUGAUAUGACUGACCACACUGAACCUUUCUUAGAUGGCAUUGCUGAUCACCAAACCUUAGACAGUUUGGAAAAAGAAUUAAAUCUUGCAGAUCCUUCAGAAAAACUUUACAGCCUAACCUCAGAAGAGUUACCAGCCUUCAACAACCGUUUGCUGGACAUAAGUCAGACCAGCCUAGAUUUCCAUAGGCGCUCAAGUGCCAGAGGGCUCGGUGGAGUUGGGGAACAGAGCUCUUCUGAAAGAGAUACUGAAAUUCAGUCUUUGCUGACACUUUCUGAGAGCAGCACAGAUGAGGAGGAAGAGGAUUUUCUUGACAAGCAACCUGUCAUCACACUACCAUAAUCAACGAGUGCCUAAUGAUAAUGGUCAUUUGUUCAUUACAUCUUCCAUUUUGUACCCAAAUAGCUGAAAAAAGUGACCAAGUGAUUGCCUGUCCAGGUGCUGGAGAUUUUGGUUGUUAAUGUUUCUGAUAUUUCAAGGUUUACAGACUAAUAAAAGUUAGUGAAAUUGUAAGUUUAA